AUAUUUAAAAUAAUUUUUGAAAAAACUUCGUUUGGAUUUUUUUCGUUUUGGGAUAUACUCCUUCAGUUGUUUGGGCAACUGAUUUUGUUGAUUAGCGACAGCGUCGCCUAAUUGUUUUUCGGAAGGAAAACAAAGUGGACGUAACAAUUCGAGAUUGAUUGACGAUUCAAAUAGAAUUAAAGAAUCGUGUGAAUUUCUCGGGAUUAUUCUUUAACGUUUUUAUCAAAAAACGAUUCCAAUUCGAUUAUGGGUAAGUGAUAUAUUAUAAAUUACGCACACGUGCGCAAGACAAGAUAAUUCAAUUGUGUCAUAAGGAAACAUAAUUAAUAAAUUUGGUUAGCGAAAGUCAUUAUGUCGUGUUCCGGUAUUUUCGUGGUACUAUGGUCGCUGAUGACGUGCUCCUUCGGAUUUACAAUGAAUCGUUCAGGUAACGAUUGUGUCAAUCUAUUCUCUUUACUUCGUGACUAAACAUUUAUCAUUUAAAUCAAUUAUUUAGUUUCCAUUUCUUAGCUCUCUGUUUUUAAAGACCGAUUAUUUUAGAUCAUGUUUCUUACGCGCGUAAUAUUUCUUCUUCUUCUUCCUUUGUCAAAAAAAAAAAUAUAUACAGCAUACGAAUGCAUAAUGUGUUAUUUAAACACGCCUUUCCGAGAACAAUGUUAUUACGUAUUAUUAUUGACUUAUGAUUUAUGUCUUGCACUUUAGUAGUAGCGUUUAUGCCGUCUGCAUGGGACACUGCACCAUCCUUGGACAGUUAUCAAAGGAUAUUUGUCGAUCCUGUAUUGAAGAACAAUAUGCAGAUGACAGGAAUGGAUAACAUUCUCCGAGCUGUGGAUGUGAAAACUUCAAAAAAUAUUUCACGCGCUGAAAAUCAGACGCGGGAAAAGAAAUCAACAACCGAGAAUAUCGAGAUGAAACUCUUCAAUGAAAUAGCAUCGGCGAUGAGAAAUGACGCUUCUGAUCCUUUUGAAGAAAAGGCUAAUACUUUUAUCGUUCCUCGAAAUAUUAUUUUACUUCUGAUCGAUGAAAGAAACCAAGAUAAGGAAAAGGAAGAGAACUCGUGGAAAGAUUACAAAAAGAGAUUGCCUUUUGCGAUUGAAGGAUUUCUUUCUCAAGAAAAUUGUCAUGACAAAAUCGAGAACACCAAUUCUUCGUUGGACAAAUUAAUUUCUGAAAAGAAGAAAACAAGUUGCAAUUGCGAGAGUGUUCUUCGCUCAAACAUUGAAGAUUUGUUAUUCUGGGCGAGGCAAACAAGAGAAAUGACAAUAGGCACAGUUUUCGGCAGCAAUUUCUCGAUCCCGCUCUUCCCUAAAUAUAAGUCUAAUUCUAACGAAAGUGACGUGAAAUUGGAUUUGCAUAAAAGCAAACGUAAUUUCAAUGACGAUUGGCAAGUGAUCAAUCCGAGUGACCGUGCAAAAUCUAUUCCUCUUCUGAUUGCGCCUAAUUCUAAAGCAAGAGAAGAGACAAAUUAUGACGUCACUUGGAACAUUUUCGAUGUGUUCUCCAAAAUAAGAAUGGCUUUCUUCCGUUCCUUGCUCGAGUCGUUACGCAGAAACGAUGGCACGUUAGAGGAUGAAUUCUCAUUGCAUAAACCAUUCUCUCUUAGACCAACUGUGAUCAAUUUAAUUGGAAAUACUAUCAGAGAACUCAAAUCUAUUCCAAAGGGUUACAUGCUGAUUGCCGUCGUGCCGAGAAGCGAGGGAGCUGCCGCCAUUGAUCUCGUUCAACGUGAAGUAUGCUACUUCAUUGUAAUAUUGUCGAUAAAAUUUGUAGAUCUAAUCCGUCAAAACAACUUAAAGAAACCGAAAUAUUAA